UAUCUGACCCGCCGCCGUCCUCUGCCUCUCGUCUCGCUCACUCUCCAUCUCUGCGGCUCUUCACCCAUUCAUCUCCCUCCAGCCCCUCAGGACUUUACCGUUAUCUCUCGGCUCACCAGACGCUGGUUCCUCGCAGCCCUUCCUGGUCCCGUUUCUAACAUCUGAUUGGCCAUGACUUACCAUAGUUUCCUGCUGGAACCAAUUAUCUGUCAUGCCUGGAACAAAGAUGGUACCCAGAUCGCCCUGUGCCCCAACAACCACGAGGUCCACAUCUACAAGAAGGAUGGCACCAAGUGGACCAGGAUCCAUGAGCUGAAGGAGCACAACGGUCAGGUGACAGGUAUCGACUGGGCCACGGACAGCAACCGCAUCGUGACCUGCGGAGCGGACCGCAACGCCUACGUGUGGACCCUGAAGGAGGGCGCCUGGAAGCCCACGCUGGUCAUCCUCAGGAUCAACCGCGCGGCCCGCUGCGUCAAGUGGUCGCCACAGGAGAACAAGUUCGCCGUGGGCAGCGGCUCGCGCCUCAUCUCCAUCUGCUACUUUGAGCAGGAAAACGACUGGUGGGUGUGUAAGCACAUCAAGAAGCCGAUCCGCUCCACCAUCCUCAGUCUGGACUGGCAUCCCAACAACGUCCUGCUGGCUGCCGGCUGCUGCGACUUCAAAUGCAGGGUGUUCUCCGCCUACAUUAAGGAGGUGGAGGAGAAGCCCGGCCCCACCCCCUGGGGCAGCAAGAUGCCGUUCGGGGAGAUGUUGUUUGAAUCUGGCGGCUCUGUGGCGGCGGGGCAGACGGGAGGCGGCGGCUGGGUGCACAGCGUCUGCUUCUCGCACUCCGGCAACCGCCUGGCCUGGACCUCCCACGACUCCACGGUGUCCGUCGCCGAGGGAGGCAAGGCCGGCACGGUGAACAGUCUGAGCUCUCAGUCUCUUCCUCUGCUGUGUGUCACCUUCAUCACGGAGAGCAGCUUAGUCGCAGCUGGCCACGACUGCUACCCGGUGCUGUUCGUGUACGACGGGGCCAAAACCAGCCUGACAUUUGGUGGCAAGCUGGACGUUCCUAAGCAGGUGGCGCAGAAGGGCAUCAGUGCCAGGGAACGGUUCCAGAACCUGGACCGCCGGGCCUCGGAGAGCCAGAGCACCGAGAAGGACCUGAACUCCCUGCACAAGAACAGCAUCAGCCAAAUCUCGGUGCUGGAAGGAGGACGAAACCACUGCAUUAAGUUCUGCACCACCGGCAUGGAUGGAGGAAUGUGCAUCUGGGACGUGAAGUCUCUGGAGUCUGCAAUGAAGGAUUUGAAGAUAGUCUGAAUGGAAGUUUACGUCGAGCCGCCCGGCGUUUAUUAGCUCCUGGAGAUAUGAAGGAAAACUGCUGCCUUAUUACACAAAGCUUCUUAUGGCCUUAUUUUAAUCAGGUAUUUGCUAUACAAGUUAAACGACCAGACUCGGGUCUACCAGUGUUUGUAAUCCCUCUGAAGCUCUUUGCGGAGCUCCACACUGUAUUCAGAGGGACUGGCCGCUGGUCUGCAAAUGGUACUUUAUGAGUUAAAUAACUAUAAUCAUAGAGGGCUCCACCUGAGCCGAAUGCUUAAAGCAAUAAUUUUAUUUUAAUCAUGAUGAGUAUGUGUUAAAAAGCUUAUGCUGGUCAUAAUGUGCAUUUAAUAAAGCUGUUACAGUGAUCAAUAA